UUUUUUUUAGUUCGUGUUUUUUUUCCAACUUAUUACAACAAAAUAAAGAAAUAUGUCUACCUCACUAGAUUUUAAGCGGUUUCAUAGAAGAGCACGUUAUUUACUGACAAAGUGGAAGAAUGACGCAGAGUUAUUUCAACAUGUGGAUGCCAUUGCUUUAAUCCAAGGCGAUGACAAUUAUGAAAACCCAUACGUCAAGACAUUGACACUCCAAACUUGGUUAUUGGGUACUCCAUGUCAUCAAUCGGUUACAAUCAUUACACCAGAGAAAAUUACGUUUGUAUGUAGUCAUAAGAGAGCCUCUUCCCUUGAAUCUCUUAAGCAAGGUGAAAAGCAAAUCCCCAUCGAAAUUGUACGCCGAGGCAAAGAUAUCGAAGAGAAUGUGCCUUUAUAUCAAAACAUCAUCAAGAGUUUAGACAAAAAACGUGUCGGUGUAUUUGUAAAGGAUAAGACUACCGGUAAAAACGUAGAGGAAUGGAAAAAAGCCUGUACCAAAUACAACAAGAAUUUUGAAGAAGUGGAUGUUUCCGUUGCUAUUUCAACCUGUUUAGCUGAAAAGGAUGAAGAAGAAGCACGCUAUGUCCGAACUGCAGCCAAAGUUAGUUCCAACAUGAUGCAAUAUUUCUUCAUUCCUGAAAUGUCCACCUAUAUCGAUGAAGAAAAGCCCAUUACAAACGAAAAGUUGAGUGAUUUAACCGAUAUGGCUUUGGAAGAUCCCAAGAUGGCUAAGCGUAUCCGCAUGCCACCAGAGGUAGAGGAGAAGGACGAGAUUGAUUGGUGUUAUACACCUAUUGUACAAAGUGGUGGUAAAUUCGAUUUGAGAUCUUCCGCCACAUCCAACAACGACAGACUUUUCCCAGGUGCUAUCAUUUGUAGUCUCGGUGUUCGAUAUAAAUAUUAUUGUUCCAACCUCAGUAGAACCUUCUUGAUCGAUCCCACCAAAGCCAUGGAAAAGAAUUACGAGUUCUUGCUCGAGGUUCAAAAUCGUGUUCUCGAUAGUAUCCGUGAUGGCGUCAAGAUUCGUGACGUCUAUGCUAAAGCCAUCGCAUUGAUCAAGGCCAAAAGACCCGAUCUCGAAAAGAAUUUCACAAAGAAUGUUGGAUUUGGUAUGGGUAUCGAAUUUCGUGAAGCCAAUUAUGUAUUGAGCGGUAAGAAUACCAAGGAAAUCAAGAAUGGUAUGAUCUUGAACGUUCAAGUGGGCUUUUCUGAUUUGGAAAACCCCAAAGCAUCUGAUCCUCGUGGUAAGAAUUAUGCCCUCAUGUUGGUUGAUACCGUACGUGUUACAAGUGACGCUGCCGUUGUCUUGACCGCAGAUUGCAGCAAGAAGUUGAACAAGAUUUCGUACUUUUUCGAUGAUGAGGAUGAUAAAGCUGACGGCGAAAGCGAUAAGCAAAAGAGCAAGGCAUCUACUUCUAGUAUUGCCACCACCGUCAAGCGUGAAUCUGCUAUGGCUAAAUCCGCCAUUCUUCGUAGCAAGUUAAGAAACGAAGAUCAAGAAGAAGAAUCCCGUGAGCAAAGACGUCGUGAUCAUCAAAAGCAAUUAUUUGCCCAAAAGUUACAAGAAGGUCUUGCCAAAUUUUCAGAGACUUCAGGUAAUGGUGAUGGAGAAGCUAAGGCUGUCUUUAGAAAGUUUGAGAGUUAUCGCUCCGAAUCCAAAAUCCCCCGUGAAGUACGUGAUCUCAAGAUUGUGGUGGAUAAGAAACAUGAUUCCAUCAUUUUGCCCAUCUAUGGUAUGGCUGUUCCUUUCCAUAUCUCUACCCUCAAGAACGCUAGUAAAAGUGAUGAAGGUGACUUCGUCAUGCUUCGUCUCAAUUUCUUGACUCCUGGUCAAGCUGGUGGUAAAAGAGAGGAUAUGCCCUUUGAUGAUCCCAAUGCUACUUUUGUCCGUGCGUUGACUUUCCGUAGUGCUGAUACACAUCGUAUGGCUGAAAUCUAUCGCAACAUCUCGGACAUGAAGAAGGAGGCUACCAAGAAGGAAGCAGAGCGUCGUGAAAUGGCUGAUGUUGUGGAACAAGAUAACUUGGUUGUCAUCAAGGGUCGUCGACCUGUCCGUCUCCCUGAUGUCUACGUUCGUCCUCAAACUGAAUCUAAGCGUUUACCUGGUGAACUCGAAAUCCAUCAAAAUGGUCUUCGUUAUCAAUCCAUUCGAUCUGAUUCUUCUUUUAACGUUCUUUUCAGUAACGUUAAACAUUUGUUCUUCCAACCUUGUGAUAAUGAAUUAUUAGUGUUGGUCCAUAUUCACUUCAAAAACCCUAUCUUGAUCGGCAAGAAGAAGACCAAGGACAUUCAAUUCUACCGCGAAGCAUCUGAUAUUCAAUUUGAUGAGACAGGUAAUAAGAGACGUAACAGACAUCUCUAUGGUGAUGAAGAUGAACUUGAAUCGGAACAAGAAGAACGUCGUCGUCGUGCCAAUUUGAAUAAGGAAUUCAGACAGUUUGCGGAAAAGAUUGCUGAAGCCAGUGAUGGACGUAUCGAGUUAGAUGUGCCUUUUAGAGAACUUGGAUUCCAAGGUGUCCCCUUCAGAUCCAACGUGUUAUUGCAACCUACCACCGAUUGUCUUGUCCAUUUAUCAGACCCUCCUUUCCUCUGCAUCACCCUGAAUGAAGUCGAAUUAGCUCAUUUGGAACGUGUUCAAUUCGGUUUAAAGAACUUUGAUAUGGUCUUUGUCUUUAAGGAUUUCCAUCGCACACCUAUUCAUAUCAAUACCAUCCCCAUGUCUCAGCUCGAUAAUGUGAAGGACUGGCUCGAUUCAGUUGAGGUUGCCUUCUCAGAGGGUCCUGUCAACUUGAAUUGGAGCAUGAUCAUGAAGACCGUGAAUGAAGAUACAGGAGAAUUCUAUCGUAACGGUGGUUGGAGUUUCUUAGGAACUGGCAGUGAUGACGAAGGUUCUGGUAACGAUUCAGCCACUGGUAGUGAAUUUGAAAUGUCCGAUGACGAUGUUGAAGAGAGUUCGAGUGACGAUGAUGAUAGUGAGGUACACUCAAACGCAUCAGAUGAUUCAGAAGAAGAAGACGAUAUGUCAGAUUCAGGCGAUGAUUGGGACGCUUUAGAGGAAAACGCCCGUCAAGCCGAUGAGCGUAAAUUAAAGAGAGUCGGUGAUUUUGAAGAAGAGGCACCAAGAAAGAAGGGUAGACGUUAAAAAAAAAGAUCUUCUAAAAACCUUCAUUUUGUAUAAUCCCCACCAUCAUAAUAAAAAAAGAACUAUUUAAACAUG